GAGAAAACUGACACUUGACAGUGACAUUAGAUUACAUAGUGAUGUAAUUUGUUUUCUGAUGGUUUCUGAAUUUGUUUUCGAUUUUCUCGGUCUUUUGACUGUUUUCAAUCAAAUUAAAUAAUAUUGAAAUAUUUUUAUAUAAGUAUUAUUACUAUAAAAUUACAAGAACUACGAAGGUUAUAAGUAUACAAUUAGCCUCAGACGAAUUAUAGUUAGCAAUUGGUCCUCAGAAACAUUAACAACCGUUACCAAGCAACCAGUUAAUAUAAAAAUUGGUACGGUAAUACGAGAAGAUAUUAUUCAUUUAGAUUAGUUUUUUACUGUUUAAAUUUAUAGAAUGCCGAAAGCUGUAAAAAAUCUACACGAAGGUAUAAAGUAUCACAACAUACGAAAAGGGAAAGAACCGGGAUGUUACCAGUUACACAGACCAUCGCAAUGUCGGCUUAGGUUUCCUGUAACUAAUAAACCUAUACACAAAUGUGAACAAUCUGAACACGAGGUCAUCAUGGUCCCACAGAACAACGGGUUUCGAAACCUCCUGGUUCCGAAGGAAAAACCAAUACUUUACCCGGCUGUCAUCCCAAAGAAUGAGUAUGACCGAUUGAAAAAGCAGGCCAAGAUAGUAACGCAAGAGGAACAGCUAAAAGCGAUGCACGCUCAGGAAGCAAUGAUAAAAAAAGCUGCCGAAGAAUCCGAAAUUAGAAAAACGAAACUUAAACAGCAGUUGAUGCCCCAGCCCGGUGCUGAAGCGGCUUCCGGCCAAGCGGACCCAGAGCUCGAUGGACCGGAUCAGGCUGCGCAUACUUUGUCCAGAGCUGAGAUACUUCGCGCCAACAACAUGCAAGGUCCCAGGCUCUGCAACCGCGUCAUCCUCGCGUCCAAGUGUCACGCCAUCCGCGAUGCGCAGAUCUCGGAAAAAGAGCUCCUCAAGAAGGAAUUCGAUGAAGAAGAAAAAAGACUGGACGCAGUAAUGGAAGAAAAUCGCCGAGCAGCUGUUGAAAGAGCCGAGGCAGAAGAAGAAAGACGGCAUCAGCUUCGUCUGCAGAACCUCUCCGCGCUUAAGGAACAAAUUCAAGCCCAUGAAACGGCUAAGAUCAUGGAAGCAGAACGUAUAGAAGAGGAAAGUAUCCGCGUGAACCAAGCCAACAUCGCGAUGCAAGUUGACGAGGCCCAGAAGCUGAAAGAGAAGCAAAACAGACAGGCAAAGCUCAAGGAAAUGUUAGAUCAAGGUAACGCUGAACUGCUGUACUACAAGCAAUUACAGAAUGAAGAGGAACGUAUAAUGGAUUUAAGAACGUCAAAUUUUAUCAAGAAAAAGCAAGAACGUGAGGCCAAGAAUAGAGCUGAAGCGGAAGCCGUCAAAGCUGCUAAACAGAAAGGAAUCGACCACAUCGCUAAAGCACAAAAAGCAGAACAAGAGCUCAAGGAGGAGUUGGAACGUAUCCGCAAUCUGAAAAUCCAAGAGGACGUAGAGCGCGAAUAUCGUCGCAAGGAGCGCGAGGCAGCUGUUAGACGUAACCGAGAGAUGAGGGCACUGCAUGAGGCCAGAGUCCAUCAGAUAAACGAUAUACAUCGUCUCAUUGCUAGAGAAAUAGCAAAAGACGAGCAGAGUUUCAACAACGCGGCGCGUCAGAAUGAAGAGUUCAUUCGCAAGGAGAAAGAGCUGGACGAGAAACACAAGGCGCGUGUAGAGAAACAUCGCCAAGAAAUCAUGAAGCAAAUCAACGAUAAGGAACGUGCUCGUGCGGAACUCCGCGAGAAGAUUCACAACGAAGGUGUUGCUCUGCGCAUGGAGCAAGAACAACAAGACAAGUACGAGAGAAGAGUAAUUAAACAGAAGGUGGCUGACAUGAGACAUCAAAAAGUUUCUGAAAAGUAUGUAAAAGAAGUUGAACAGACACUUGGGAAAUAUGGUUAUUAAUAUUAACCAUAGGUACCUACUUGAUCCAGAAUUUCGGAUAUUUUUGAUCGUUGUUUUAAUAAACUUGGAAAGCAAUAAACUUAGCCUGUGUAGUGCGGCCUUGGCCCGGCUUAAUAUGAGAAUCUGUAGAGAUUAACUGUAUGUUAUAUGUAAAAAACCGGACAAGUACAAGUCGGAGUCGCCCAACGAGGGUUCCGUACGUAUUUAUAAUUAUUAAACAUUUAAAUUACAAAUGUAGUUUUGAGAUUUUUUCUUGUGCCUUACAUAGUUCGUGGUCAACAGGAAAUACUCUAUCCCCCAUAUCCACUAACUUGGAAUAUGAUAUAAACCUCAAAUAUCGUCAAGUAAAGUAGACCCUAAUUACUAGUUUAAAGUACCGUAGGUACAAAGCCGAAGAGUUUUGAUUCCUCUGAGUGUCGAAAUAUGCGUGUUUUUUGCUGAAUAAACGGCCGUAUCUUUUUUUUACGUUAACUUAGAAGUUUGAUAUUUUUGACCUCAAACGGUUUAAAUUUCAACUUGAUACCUCCACGCGGCUCAUAAAUAAAGGAACAGACAGACAGACGGACGGAAAACAAACGAAGUGAUCCUACAAGGGUUCAGUUUUUCCUUUUGACGUACGGAACCCUAAAACACUGUUGAAGAGCAGACUUUGGUGGUCUCUAGCGUAAUUUUAAAAAUUGGCGAUAACGGACUAGUUAGACAUGUUAUCCCAUAGUUUGAACACAAUAGAGAGUUAUUCGCACGGGAGUUUUUUUAACAAACUUUAAAAAAGCGUUCAAAUACAACAAAACACAAAUGUAUUUCUAAGUGUAAGCACACAACAAAGUUUUUAAACACUACGCUUUUUUAGAGCAGUGUUGCAUUUAUAAUUUUGGGCGUUGGAAAUAGACCUUCAUUUACCUUCAUACUAUGUUUGAAUGCGUUAAAAACUCUCGUGCGAAUGAAAUUUGCUACCUGCCUACCUCCAAAAGUUUAUAGUUGCCUGCAAUACCAUACUUACCUAUGGUAUAAGUAUCCGAUGAAGGGAUCACAGGAUAAAUUAAUUUGAGAGAGGAUGUAGGGCAUUUUGAAUUGUUUAGAUUAGAUUUUAUUUGUGAUUCAAAAAUAAACUGCACUUUGACACUGAAUAAAAUGUCUUUAAUUAAAAAAAUCAUUAUUAUAUAACUAUACAUUAGAUGAAAAUAAUUAAUAAUUACAAUAGCCAACAUUAUAUUGAUGACAAUAUAAUAAUUAUAUAUUUUAACUAACCAAGUUGCAAAUACUUUAGCUUUACUUCAAGCCAUUUUGCUUUUAAAAUCAAUUUUAAGAUGUUUUUUUUUAAAUUAAAAAUUAAUUUAUUUCAA